CUGUGAUUGCUGUGUUUGCUAUUAAAAAAUUUAAAAAUAUCAAAAUCAAAAACAUUGCUUGGUUAGCUAAUUGCCCAUUUUCUUUAGCAAAAUAAUGUUAAAGCAUCUGUCUGCAUAGGAAAUUCCUAACUCAAAACAAUUAAAACUAUGUCUACCAACACUGGCCGCAGCAGCAUCAGCCCCCCGUCCAGCUCCCCAGACGAAGAAGUCAUGAUUCAACAGAUCGACCCUGAUCGGUCCAGGUUUCCAUUCUGCAUUGUAUGGACGCCUAUUCCUGUACUAACAUGGAUCUUCCCAUUCCUGGGCCACAUGGGCAUUUGCAUGUCCAAUGGUGUGAUUAGGGACUUUGCAGGCCCGUACUUUGUGUCAGAAGACCUGAUGGCGUUCGGCAACCCCACCAAGUACUGGCAGCUGUCGGCCCACAAAGCCUCCGGAGGGGUGGACGGCUGGAACAGUGCAGUAUACGAGGCCAGCCAGAUAUACAAGAAAAGAAUGCACAUCCUGUUCUAUGACAACUGCCACUCGCAUGUGGCGAUGGCGCUGAACCUGAUGAACUACGACGGCUGCAAGAACUGGAACAUGGUGAAGCUCGCCUUCUACAUGCUGCUAAAGUCCAGAUAUGUCAGUUUCUGGGGAUUCCUGAAGACUUGGCUGCCAUUCUUUAUAAUAGUGGCAUUUAUUUUUAUCUUAGCAGCUGUUUUAUCAAAGGGAACUCAGAACAUAGUUCAGCUGCACUCAUUUCUAAAAUCCAUGCGCUAAGUCUGAUGUUAUGUUUAUUGCACUAUGAUGGCCACAGUAACUUUAACUAGCAAGAGAGCCAGAAUGAUAAUAUAUAUUACUCCCCUCCCUUCGUAUAUUGGUAAUCUAAGAUUCCUCCACUACUAUAAUAUCAGUAUUUAUAUUAUUUUUAAAGUUUGUGUGGGUUUAAAAAAAUAUUAUUACAUUUAUACAAAAUAAUUAUAUUAGUUAGGUAUUCAUUGUAAUUUUAUAUCAUAGGUCAUAGUUGUAUCAUCCAAGUAUUGUUUCAUUCCUGUGUGAAUAGUGUAUGAUUUAGCAUCUACAAAAUUAUUGGUUUAAGUUGCAAUAUAAUUAUAAUAUAUCUAGGUUCCAUUGUUUCAGUGAUAGCAAAAGGUCUGAUGAUGGUGAAUAAAUGUUUUUAUAGAACUAAAUAACACAUGUGGGAAUAAAACAGUUAUUUUAAAUA